UGUUGGUGAGCUCACAGGCUGAGAGCAGCACCUACUGUGUCUGAGUUUGGGGGAGGGUCUGGGAGAAGAUGUGGAGGACCCUGGGACCCUGCCAACCUUCAGCCCCCGCCCCUGAGUCUGUUCCCUUGGGUGUUGGGGUCAAAGCUUCCUUACAUGUCAAAGUAUUUGACUAAAACGACCCCACGGGAGAGGUUACAGUGCACAUGAGCUUUAGAACAUUCUGUGACUGCCGUGGGUCUUCCGAUUCAAAGCUGUUCCUGUCUACAGCUUCCCAUGAACUCCCAGCCUGAGUUUUUUUCUGUGACACUUGAACUUAGAAGGGUUGGGUUCAAAAGUUAAUUUUCCUCUACCUUUAUGUAGCUGGGCCUUUCAGAUCAUAGCAUGGUGCUCUUGGUGUUGGGGACCUGUGUGCUGUGGCUGUGCUUGGGCACCACCCCCAGCUGCAGGGUCUUUUGUUUUCUUUAGGACUUGCUGGGGCAUGCCUUGGCAGGCACCCCCCACAGAGCACACUUGUUAAGUGAAGGGUAGAGAACGUCCUGGCUGCUUGGUAUAGGGGAGCGAGCUUGAGUGAGGCCUCCUCUGCUGUCUGGAAGAUUCAAUGGUGGCAGUGCAUCUGGGGGCCAACAGAACCCUGGAGACUGAUUCGUAUUAAUGCAACUCUUAAGAAAGGAAUUUAUGGAUAACAAUGAAAUGGUAUGGAAUAGAUCGCGGAAUGUGGCUCAAGCCAGCAUGUGGUCAGAAGCGUUGUGCUGAGGGUACGGGUGGGGGUAAAGAAGGGGCAGGCCUUCAAGUGACAGCGACGCGAGAUGCAGCCACCGCAGGCUCGGACAGUUUAUGAAAACCGAAUAUACAGCCUUAAAAUAGAUUGUGGACCUAAAUACCCAGAAGCACCCCCCCCCUUUGUAAGAUUUGUAACAAAAAUUAAUAUGAAUGGAGUUAAGAGUUCUAAUGGAGUGGUGGACCCAAGAGUCAUUUCAGUGCUAGCAAAAUGGCAAAAUUCAUAUAGCAUCAAAGUUGUCCUACAAGAGCUUCCGCUCCUAAUGGUGUCUAAAGAAAAUACGAAAUUCCCUCAGCCGCCUGAAGGUCGGUGUUACAGCAAUUAAUCAAAAAGAAAAACCACAGGCCCUUCCCUUCCCUCCCAUUUGAUUUAAGCAGUUGUUUCCCACAGUCGUAAAUUUUCUAGAUACAUCUUGCAGACAAAGUACUGGAAAGGAAGCUCCCAUUCAAAGGAGAUUUAUCUUAAGAAACGGUAAAUGAUACUAACUUCUUGUCCUUUUGAAAUAUAUAAGUUGUGCUAUAUCAAAAGAAAGUGUUGCACCAACAUUGCACCUGAGGUGUGCUCUGUGCUGCCCUCGCAGCAAAGCGGACUUGGCUUGUUAGUGCAGGAAUUGAAGGGACAUCACUUGAGCACUUGCCAUAUGCCCGCGUCCAUGCCAGGUGCUGGCUGUACGUCCUGAGCAGUGCUCCCUGGGCCCUCGGACUCCCUGCCAGAGCCAGAACCACACAGUGAUGGUUCAUGCUUAGCAGGCAGGUACCGGGGGCUGUAUGGGCUCUGGGGGAGAGUGCCUGGCCCCAUCCCCUCUCUGUCUUGUGCACCAAGGAGAGUGGCUGAAUGGGCUGGGUACCAGCCCCAAGGGCAGGAGGUGCAGCACGUUGGCAGCAGGCAGGCCGCUCUGUGUGGCCGGGUCUCAACUCUGUGGACAAGAGGGAGCCAUGGAUGCUGUUGUGCCAGGGCAGAGGAUACUUAGCCUGGAGGUCACUGAGAACUGGAGGCAGGGAGAAGUGAGGUCAUUAGCUUCCUGAGGACAGGCAGGGCCCUCGCCAGCUCUCUGGAGACCCAGUCUUCACAACGGCCCCUUCACACAGUGCCCUGGAGGUCAUUUGUGUGAAGGAAAGUGAGUUUAUUCCGGGGGCUUCGUGGCUGGCUGGGCAGAGGACUAGUUCAGAAAUGGUGUCUACAGCCCACUGAGGGUGGUGAGUGCUGCCCUGGUCCUGACACGCUGGGUGGACCUGCACGGCACUGCGGACAGGGCUCGGGUUGGGGUCCCCAUGGCAGCAGCCGAGCGUGGCCGUUCCCGCCGCCUCUGUAGCCGUUCCGGUGUCAGGCUGGUCGUGGGGCACAGGGCCUCUCCCUUAGGCAAGGCGGAUUCCGUUUAAAUCUGCUUCUCUUCCCUCCCUCCGACAGCCUGAGAACUUACUACACUGCUGGUGAAGGGGCUUUUGGAGGUUUUUUUGCUUCUGAGUUUUUGUGAUUUUGUAUGUUUUCUUUUUCAUGAAUCGACUUGGACAACAGCCUUCUCUGUUUCGUCAGAACUUUAGCAAAUAAGCAUUUGGGCUGGGCACGGUGGCUCAUGCCUAUAAUCCCAGCA